UGUUUGUUGUUGGUAUCGGUCGGAGAAGUGCCAGUGCCGCUGUGGCUAUAGCUGUGGUUGUUGCCGGUUCUUUUUGCCAACAUAAACAUAUUCCGAGUAUAUGAGCGGGUCGGGUAUACAGCCGGCGGCGGCCCUGUCUGCCUCAGUCACUGCAUUCCCACUCGAUGUUGGCGGUUUUCAGUUGGUCUCAGUUCGGUUUCGCCGGUUCUAGGUGACGCAUCGUCCCCGGGGUCUUGAGUUAUUAGAGUGUCCACAGUGUGUUAUCCAGUUCCCCGUUUGCCUUAGUGGUUCCGCUUCCCUCUUCCACUUUGGCCAGUUUUUUUGGCAACACGUGUUGGCCGAUAAUUGCUGUGAAAGAGAAUUAGAGAGGCCACGCUCUCUCUCUCUCUCUCUCUGUUCUUCUCUCGCUUCGGCUCGGGAGCAAAGUACACGUCAACGGAGGAGCUUGUGGGCAACGGAGGAACUUGGGCUCUGACGAACUGAGUGCGCAGACAUCACGAGAUAGUGCCAAAAAGCGUAGCGUUUCCGAUUUAGUGAUUCACUGUCUCCGCGCAACUCAAAGAAAGCGGUCACCAGCUGUUCGCCGCGCGGCAAGUCUUACGAGUUUCGUACACAAAAUUCCAACGAAAUGGGCUACGACGAGGCCAUCAUCAAGCUGGGCGACUUUGGGCGCUACCAGAAGAUCAUCUACUUCCUCAUCUGUCUGACCUCCAUACCGGUGGCCUUUCACAAGCUGGCCGGAGUGUUCCUGCUGGCCAAGCCCGACUUCCGCUGCGUUCUGCCCUUCGAGAAGGAGGGCAGUGGGUACGAAUUGCCGCCCCACCUGUGGAACCUCUCGUAUCCCCAGGGGGAAACCUGCUCCUACUAUGACGUGGACUACUCGGCGGAAUACCUCAAUGGCAGCAUUCCCCGGAGCAGCAACCGGACCAAAGACUGCUCGCAUUACGUAUACGACCAGAGUACGUACCUAAAUAGUGCCGUCACCGAGUGGAACCUAGUGUGCGGGAGGGGCUUUAUGGCCGCCACCAGCGACUCGCUCUUCAUGCUGGGCGUGCUCCUGGGAAGCAUAGUGUUUGGCCAGCUGAGCGACAAGUAUGGCCGAAAGCCUAUCCUCUUCGCCUCGCUGGUCAUCCAGGUCCUGUUCGGCGUCCUGGCCGGGGUGGCGCCUGAGUACUUCACCUACACGCUGGCCCGUGUUAUGGUCGGCGCCACCACGUCGGGCGUCUUCUUGGUGGCCUACGUCAUCGCCUUGGAAAUGGUGGGCCCAGCCAAGCGCCUCUACGCUGGAAUUUUCGUCAUGAUGUUCUUCUCCGUGGGCUUCAUGCUGACGGCGGCCUUUGCCUACUUUGUCCAUGACUGGCGGUGGCUGCAGAUUGCUCUAACGCUGCCGGGACUCAUCUUCUUGUGCUACUACUGGAUCAUUCCGGAAUCUGGCCGCUGGUUGCUCUCGAAGGGACGGAAGGACUGCGCCAUUGCCAAUAUGCAGAGGGCGGCGCGCUUCAAUAAGGUGCAAAUCUCCAGCGAGGUCUUGAGCGAGCUUCUGGACGAGGGUGAAACGGCCGAGGAUAAGGCCAAGGAGAAGCUGGAGGGUCAGGAGCAGGAGCAGAGGGAUGAGGGACCACCGCCAUCCGUUUGGGAUCUCUUCUGCUACCCGAAUCUCCGGAAGAAGACGCUGCUCAUCUUUCUGGACUGGCUGGUGACCAGUGGCGUCUACUAUGGCCUCUCCUGGAACACCAACAAUCUCGGUGGCAAUCUGCUGCUCAAUUUCGUGAUCUCGGGCGCUGUGGAGAUACCGGCCUACAUAUUUCUCCUCCUGACCUUGAACCGUUGGGGCAGGCGAUCGAUCCUCUGCGGCUGCCUGGUGGUCGCUGGACUCAGUUUGCUGGCCACCGUGAUCAUUCCGACGCAGAUGCACACCCUCGUGGUGGCCUGCGCCAUGCUGGGCAAGCUGGCCAUUACAGCCUCGUAUGGAACCGUGUACAUCUUCUCCGCCGAGCAGUUCCCGACGGUGGUGCGGAAUGUUGCCCUGGGCGCUGCUUCGAUGGUGGCCCGUAUCAGUGGGAUGAUGGCGCCGUUCCUCAACUACCUGGCCACCAUUUGGUUGCCACUCCCGCUGCUCAUCUGCGGAGCCCUAUCCCUGGCAGCGGGUCUGCUCUCGCUCCUGCUGCCCGAGACGCACAACAAGCCCAUGCUGGAGACCAUAGCGGAUGGAGAGCGUUUUGGAAAGAAGACCAAGGGUGAUGUCUACCUGGAGACGGGCCAAGAGCUGCGCCAGACGCCGGAGGCGCAGCCACUCAAGGGAGCCGACAGCAAUGGACACACUUCCAAUGGCCAAAAGUUCUAGGAAAUCUCAAGGAAUGAACCCGCUUGAACUUUUCCAGCGAAAUUAGCGACAGACGAGGGCACACAGGGCAUCUAGAAUUCGGCCAGGCCAAAGGCUGGGCAUUUACCAUAAAAGAUAGACCAAGUAUUAUAUCAUUUCUGAAAUCUCACGUAACCAAAAAAAGAAAAAAAAAAA